CAGCAGCCGCGGAGCCGGUGGCGGGCCGCUGGUGCCGGCGGCGCGGACGGUGCGGUGAGCGGCGUGAGGACGGCGGUCUUGGGAGGCGUGAGGACGGCGGUCUGGGGAGGCGUGAGGACGGCUGUCUGGGGAGGCGAGGGGCGGCUGUCUUGGUGAACUGAAUGCCGCUGUCUCGGGAGGCGUGAACACCGCUGUCUUGGGAGGCGUGAAUACCGCUGUCUUGGGUGAGAGGACGGCUGCGUUGGAAAGCGUGAGGAGCCCGUCUUGAGACGUCUGAGGACGGCUACCUGAAGAGAGCACCCUCGUGCAGCAGAACUGAAAGUCCCGCCUUCGGGCGACGCUCGGUUCGCCGGCAGUGUUGUGAGAUGUGGCGAGCUGGCAGUGCCGUUACCGGCGCGUGAAGCGUGUUGCGCCGGACGCGCGCCGAACGUGUUGCACCAGACGUGCGCCGGACGUGUUGCACCAGACGUGCACCGACCAGCUGGAAGAUGGCGGUGUGGAACAUUGCUUUCCUGUUGUGUGACGUUCUGCUAGCGGCAAUAGCGCUGCCCGCGGAGAUUCCGAUCGUCGGCCUGUUCGACUCGGGCGAUUCCGGGGACAUCCAGGCGUUUCAGAACGCCGUGGACGAAGUGAACGCCAACUUCGAGUGCUUGAUGGGCAGCCGUCUGGUGGGCACUGCCGUCACCGUCUACCCCGGCGACAGCUACAAGGCGGCCAAAGAUGUGUGCGGCCUGCUGGGCAGUCAGGGUCUGGCGGCCGUCGUCGGGCCGCAGGCGUCCUCCACCACCUCACGCCACAUCCAGGCGGUCUGCCACAACAUGGCCGUGCCGCACCUGGAGGCGCGCUGGAGCUACUCCACGCCUCAGACGUUCUCCACGGCAGGCUGGAACGGCCAGCAGUUCACCGCCAACCUGUACCCCAACGCACACGAACUGAACCAGGCCUAUGUGUCUCUGGUACGGGAGUGGAACACAAACCAGUUUGUGGCUAUUUACGAAGAUGGUGAUGGCCUGAUUCGACUGCAGAAGAUCCUGACGCAGUUCAGGCAGCCCCAGUACAAGGUUCACCUGGCGCAGCUUCCCACUGACAGCCAGCAAGACUUCAGGCCGUUCCUGAAGAUGAUCAAGCGAACGUUGAACCGGCAUCUGGUGAUCGACUGUCGCGUCGAGCUGAUCAACGUCGUCCUGGAUCAGGCUAACCAGAUCGGCCUGGUCAGCGAGUACUACAGCUUCAUGUUCACAUCCCUGGACCUCCACACGGUGGACCUGACCUACUACCAGAGCCAGCAGGCGCGGGUGAACAUCACCGGCUUCAGCCUGCUCCGAAACAACUGGCACCAGGGCCAUUCGUGCGUGCGCUCUCCGGACUGGCAGACGAUCACCUCCAGGAUAUUGACGACGUCAGCACUGCUGUAUGACGCCCUACACCUAUUCUCCAAGUCGCUGCUCGAUAACGACAUUAUCGGACCCAUCAACGUACCUCUGCUGGACUGCGAGAGAGACCAGCAAUGGGGCAGGAACGGCUCCCGCAUCAUGGAGCACCUGCUGGAGAUGCAGAUGCUGGGUCGCAGCGGGCUGAUCCGGCUGAGCAAGGACGGCCUCCGGCACGACUUCGAGCUGGACGUGCUGGAGCUGGGCGCGGCCGGCAUGAAGACGGUCGGCUCGUGGUCACUCCGCGGCGGCGUCAACUACACGCGCACCUGGGGCCAGAAGGAGGAGGAGAUCGCCACCAGCAUGGCCAACCGCACCUUCCGCGUAGUCGUCGGAACGGCAAAUCCCUACGUCAUGAUUGCUAAUGCUACGGAUGGAUCAGGAAAGCAGCAAUUUAAGGGGUUUUGCAUCGAUCUGAUGAAUGCGAUCGCGGAAAUGAAAAAAUUUUCUGUUAUAUACCACGCCUCUCCUGACAACCAGUACGGCAGCUAUAGUGAAAAGGAUGGACCUUCCGGAAUGAUCAAGGAACUCAUGGAAAAUACGGCGGACAUGGCCAUAGCUGAUCUGAGCAUCACCCUGGAGCGGGAACGAGGCGUCGACUUCUCCAUGCCUUGGAUGAACCUCGGCAUCAGUAUUCUCUACCGGAAGCCGGUGAAGGCGCCGCCGCGGCUAUUCUCCUUCAUGGGCCCGUUGUCGGCUGAGGUGUGGAUCUACAUGGGCACCGCGUACCUCGGCGUCUCCGUGCUGCUCUUCAUCCUGGCCAGGCUUAGCCCUCAGGAGUGGGAGGAGCCGAGCGUGUGCAGUAUGGCCGGCGCUGAGCCCGACUUCCUGGUGGACGAAAUGAACCUUCGCAACUCCUUCUGGUUCACCAUUGGGUCGUUGAUGCAGCAGGGGUGUGAUAUAAACCCCAAGGCCGUCUCCACGCGUAUGGUGGCCGCCUGGUGGUGGGUGUUCACGCUCAUCAUGAUCUCGUCCUACACGGCCAACUUGGCCGCCUUUCUGACGGCCGGCCGCAUGGAGACGCCGAUCAAGUCUGCCGAGGACCUCUCCAAGCAGACGGCCAUCAAGUAUGGCGCCAAGAACACUGGCUCCACCAAGUAUUUCUUCCGGGACUCGAGCAAGGAACACUACAGACGCAUGUACAACUUCAUGGAGACUGCUCGGCCGUCGGUGUACGUGGACUCGUCGGACGCCGGCGUCGAGCGUGUGAAGAAGGGCAAGUACGCCUUCCUGAUGGAGUCGGCCGGCAUCGAAUACGUGCUGGAGCGCAACUGUGAGCUCACGCAGAUCGGCGGUCUGCUCGACCACAAGAGCUACGGCAUUGCCCUGCAGCCCGGAUCCCCAUACACACCCAUCAUCAACUCAGCUAUAUUAGAGAUUCAGGAAGAGGGAACUCUGCUUGAACUAAAAAACCGUUGGUGGAAGUCGACCGAGUCAUGCCCGGAUGACAACAAGGUCAACGCCAACGAGCUUGGCAUCGACAACGUGGGCGGCGUGUUCGUCGUGCUGCUGGGUGGCAUGUGCGUGGCCGUUAUAAUCGCCUUCAGCGAGUUCAUCUGGAAGUCCCGCAAGCUGGCACACGCCGAGCACACGUCCCUGAUGAACGAGAUGGCCAAGGAGCUGAAGUUCGCCUUCUCCUGCAAGGGAUCUUCGAAGCCCGUAAACAAGCCGGAGCCGCUGCGGACGUCGCAGAGUGCCGCCUACCUGGCCAACGGGCCCACCAACUGGGCCGGUGACACCGGCUUUGACGCGUAUCAGCGCAAGCCGUAGUCCACUCGCCUGAGCUGACGGAGAAAUUCGAAGAGACUAAUGUCAUUUCAGGUCGAGAGGGUCCGAAAUCCAGGUCGGAUCUUUGACGGAUUCGGCUGAAUCUUAUCAGCCACACGCGACCGGUCGGUCGACGCGGAACACUGGAGCCGUUUGGACUGGCUGACCUGUUUUGGCGCGCAAAACUUUGAAUAGUCUGUUCCGCCGCUGACGACAGUGGUAAAGAGUGUGGAGGGGCUCCAUUAGAACAGGUGACCCAACUCAAGGAGCUUCGCCUAACCGACGCGGCGCGGCAUCCUGCAGCGACGCCUCUGGGACGAGGAGGUGCACUGAAUGGGUACGCGAACGUGCCGCCUCCCUUCGCGUGCUGCCUUUGACGAUAAUGCCAGUGACAACGUCGGACUGAGCGACAUGCAAAUGCCACUUGCAGAUUAGGUCUCUGAGUAUGUGCACGUCUAAAGCAUUUUCGUGAUAUUUGCGUGUGCUGUUGCGCACCGCUGCGUGAAGUAGAGCGGUUAAGUGUAGUUAUGCAGCAGGAGGUUGUUCACAUUCGUGGAAUAGUUGCCCAGAAUGCAUCGUCAUGUCAGCGUUUGAAUCUGCUCAUGACGGCAAGUUGAUAAAUGACGCCGACGUUCGGUUGCACGGCGCAGUUAUCAGAUGACGCACGGAGUCAUCCACAGAUUUAGCAAGUCGCUAGCAAGCCAACAUAUGACAUAGGGAUGAAUAAGACUCUUAGACCGACGUUCUACGACUCCGUCAUGAGAGAUGACCGCCACAGGUUGUCGGACAGGUCGCCCUCAGCUGUAAGUUUACUCGUUGGGCUAGGUUGGGCGUAGAAGUUGUCAGGUCUUCAUGAAUGCACGUGUGUCAGGUUGUUUUGUUUUUGUGUUUGGAACCGCAAUUGGUCUAGCCUCGUUGACAGUGUGAAACAAUUAAUUGUCUUAUAUUUGCCAAGUAUACCAACCUGUCUAGCUGUGCAUGACAGGAACACCUAGUGCAUGAUCGGUGGCAUGUUUCGGUCUAAAAAAAAACUGAUUUCCCAGCUUGCCUCUCCUUGCUCACCAGGGGAAGCUUUAGGGCUUUGUCCGGAGCAAAGCAGCUGCCGAGAGAGAUGUCUAUAUGCAUGUGGUGGGUGUCCUCGACGAUACAAAAGGAGC